CUCAACCAUUGACCAGUUUACCACAUGAAAGAUUUUUGUACUAACGUUUAUAAGGCAUUCGCGAUAGCAUUCGGAGUUUUCCAUUGUAGUGUGCGUUUCUUAUAAUUUUUAAUUAAAUACAAAAGUAAUCGUAUUGACUACUAAGACACCAUCGUAUACAGUGUCAUUCAUCAUGUAUUUUAAAUCCCUAUGGGGCGUGUUUUUUACGACACUUUUUAUUACGUCUACAAUAGUAGAUUGCCGAAGAGUUAGCAUUAAAGCGGCCGAAGAAAACGAAGAAGACGAUCAACCCCAACAGUUCGAAGAAGACAGACCACGACAGCUAAAGCCCGUUCUUGUGGCCAGAAGACCACUGAGACCAUUAGUUGCCGCAGAUGGUGAACGAGAUCCAGUACAAGUAGUAGUUCGACAAGCGCCCAGGCAACUUCUUCAACAAAGACCUACUGCUGAUGAAGAGGAAGAAUCACCAGAGCAGCCACCAAUCGUUGCUAUUAGACAACCUAAUAGAUCUUUACAACAACAACGUGCACCUCAGCAACAACAAUUUUCACAACAAAGGCAUAAAGAACAACAACAAGAAAAAAAAGAACCAACUGCCCAAACCAUAAGGAACUACAACAAGCUAAAUGAUGAUGGUUCCUUUACAUUUGGUUAUGAAGCAGAUGACGGCAGUUUUAAAGAAGAAACUCGUGGUACCGAUUGUGUAGUUAGAGGAAAAUAUGGUUAUGUCGAUCCAGAUGGUAACAAAAGAGAAUUUACUUAUGUUCAAGGAAAUCCAUGUGAUCCAAAUGCAAUAAAUGAUGAUGAAGAAGAACAACCAGCCAAAUCUGACGAAGAAGAAAAUAUUCCCGCUAAUAUACCUGCAAACUUCCCCAAACCCAAACCCAAGAAGAACCGCCCAACAACCACAUUGUUCCAACAACAGUUUGGUGAUUUUGAACCACAACAACCAUCAACUACUCCUCGUCAACCUGGCCGUCAAGUUUCCGAAACUCCAAGACUACCACAGAUUUCGCCAACUUCUGACAGACCAUCAACAACAGCAUCUCCAUUAAAACCGACACUCCGUCCUGCUGAAGACUUAGAAUCAGUAUUUCGUGCUGUUUCUCAACCUUCUUCACCAAACGCUAUUCAAACUGGACCAAACCAACCUGUAUACACCACUGAGUUAGUGUUUGACCCAGCUACCGGACAAUACAAUACUGUUAUCUAUCAACAGGUGCCUAAACAACAGGUUGGAAUCAGCAGCAAACAACGUUUGCCCUCGUCAUUGCCAUCACAACAGUUUGAUACUCAACCAUCGUUACCUUUUCGACCCUCACCAGCUGUACCACACUUCCAACCUGAAUUCGUUCCACAAAGAGCUGAGUUUGGUUUUCAAAGGCCAGCUUCAUUUCCUGGCCCCAGUCCUCAACAGCAACUUAUUGAACAACAACAAUCUCUGAUGUUCCAACAAUCACAAAAUCUAUUCAGACAACAUCAACAAGCACAAAAACAACAGCUCUUGCAACCUUUUGCGUCAUCGCAGCCAUUCCCUGCUCAACCAUCUUUCCAAGCACAACAACGAUUCCCAGCGCAACAACCUUUCCGUUCGCAAUCAUUCCAAUUUUUCCCACCACCAUCGCAGGGACAACGUUUUGCGCCACCACCAAAACAACAAAGGUUCGAACAACAACCGGAAGCUCAGCAACAACAAUUUGUCUUAGUUCAACCUGGCCGAACCUCUUCCCAACAAAAUUUGGCUAAUGGUCAAAUAGACGCUUUUCUAAGAGGCCAAAACGUUCAAUUCUAAAUUAAUUUCUAAUCAUUAUUAUUAUUAUUAUUAUUGUGUAUAUAUCACGUUCGACCAUUUAUUUAUAUUUUUAAUUUGGCUAGGUGUCAUUUUGUGUAAACUACUAUUUAAAAAAUUGCAACACGUACCACAAUCGUUUGAUUUUCAUACGUUUAAUAUACAAAUAUCAUAUUAAAACGUAUACGAUUCACACUGAUUGAGCCACACAGUUUUCACUUAUUGAAGGUGAAAGCUAUUAACGUCGUAUAUUUAAUGAGUAAUAUGUUGUUUAAAACAUUAUUCUAUUGUAACUUAAAUGUGUGUAUGUUUGAUAAUUAUUAUUUAAUUCGAUGUUCUCUGUAAUUAAUAACUGAUAAUGUUACAAAAAUAAAGAAAACAAUAUUAUAUGAAAAUGUGUUGAACACUUGUAUAUAUUUUUUUUUUAUUAAAUAAAUUGAUUUUUUAUGUUAU